AUUGUUCGUUUAAAAAUGUUUAUAUUAAUCUCUGAAUAUUGUGGUUCUAUUUAUUUUUUGGAAUCUUAAUGGGAACUCGAGCGGAUGAUUGAACAGAAUUUCAAUAUACGUUGGUUUACAAAUUAUUCAUCCGCGAAUGAAUAUUUUUAUCGGGAAUGAAAAUUGCUCAAACGCUUGUAUGGUUAAUGCGAUAGAUUUUCUCUUAUCGUCGUUGCUGUCCGCAUAUCGGGUUGUGUGGACAAAUUAUUUCAACAGGCGGCGGAUGAUUAAUUUUAUCAUCCACUUCUUCCGUUAUGUCAUUGUUAUUCGUGUCAAGUAACAAUCGUAUCAUCGAAUAAAACUCAACUUUAUUUUUCGAGAGAUUUUUCAAGAAAUUUUCUUAAAUAAUCGCUUACAAAAUUACCAAAAUCAAGAAUAAUUAAUGCCGCGUAAUUAGAUGGUAUACCUGGUCUCCUUGAUAUUAUAUUAUUCAUCAUCUUUAUGAAAGGAAAUGUCGUCAUCAUCGCUUCUACUCUGUGCCCGAGAUUGAGACCCUUACCAGCUACACCGACCAACGUCUUCCUGGGUGGUUUGGCAACGGCCGACCUUUUGCUUAUAAUUUUCUGCAUUCCUGUAAAGGUAGCCAAGCUGUUCUCUUACACGUGGACAAUGGGUCUGUUCCUAUGCAAGUCGGUGCAUUAUAUGCAGAGCGUAUCGGCUAUUUGCUCGGUCGUCACGUUAACCGCGAUGUCGGUCGAAAGGUACUACGCGAUUGUUCAUCCGAUGAGAGCACAAUACACGUGUACGAUAAGCCAAGCCCGUAAAAUAGUGAUUAUAACUUGGGUGGCAUCGUUCCUUCUUGGUAUUCCAAUGAUUUUCACCCAGACACACAUGGAGGUGGGAAUGAGGGUGAUCGCUUACUGGUGCGUCCGCGAUUCAGAUGCGGGUCUUUUAUGGCGUGCACACGAGGUUUACAUGCUCGUGUUGGUUUUGGUGUUUCCUCUCUCGGUCAUGGCGUUUUGUUACACAGCUAUUUGCUGGGAGAUCUGGCAAGUUAUGAAACGCCGAUAUCACAUGACAUCACGACACGCAUUAAGCCAGCACAAUACCGAUACCGAAUCGAUACCCAUGACGCAGAGGCAAAGUGCGCGAAACGGCGGUCGUCGUUAUCGAGAAGACGGACAGACGGAAGAAGAAUCUCGUACCAUGAAACAGGUAGUGAAGAUGCUGGUGGCUGUGGUGGUGUUGUUCGCCAUUUGUUGGGGUCCAAUUCUGGUAGACAACACCCUCACCGCCUAUGGUGUUUUACCAAGUAUGAAAUGGGGAAUGUACAAACAUCUUAACACCACGUUUCAGUUGAUGGCUUAUUUUAACAGUUGCAUAAAUCCGAUCAUUUACGGAUUUAUGUCGAAGCACUUCAGGGAGAGUUUCCUAUCCGCCGCUUGCGGUGGUUGGUGGAUCUGUUGUCCGAGAAGGGGGUACAAGGCUCCGGUGAAGAGGCACCCUAGCCUCAGCCAAACCAGGACGACCAGUGUCAGAUUGAUAUGGAUAAAUAUGUAUGAUACCCUGAGGCGAUGGACUUGAUUUUUUCGUCGUGCCCGGCCCACGUCGAGGCAGCUCUUUCACAGGUAGAGAAAUCCUAGUGACGAGAGUGCCGAGGGAGAAUCAGAGACGAACACCGCCUUGAGGGAAAGGGUGUGUUUUCUUUCUUUUUCACCCGAGAUUCCGACACGGAAGACGAGAUUUCUCCGCGACACUCGAGUCGAUUACCUUUAAGGACGUCUGUGUAAAUGGUGCUAAAGCCGUUUCUCGUGAAUCCCACGCGUCGUUAAGGUAUGCUUGAAAAUUGCGUCGACGAUCUCAGAGGACGGUUUGUAACGAAAUUUCCUAAUUCUCCCGUCGUUUCGUCAAUUCUCUGACCAACAUUACAGGUCGUCGAUGUUUAUAUAAACUCUUGCUUGAACCCAUGUGAAUUUGUAAUAUCUUCGAACAGCAGGAUACUGAUUGGUUUGAGAGAAUCAUUUUAUGCAAUGUGUUUACCGGUUUUCCGAAUGCGUAUGAACAGGUACGUCGUUGAGUGAGCGAACAAUUAUUCGUGAAAUCUGAACAUGUUUCACGUUGUUUUUUCAGGUAAUUUAAUAGAAAUUUCAUUGAUUUUAUGAGGUAGAUAUUUGAGUGCACGUAUGGGUGAAAAAAUUAAUAUUCGACACUGAAUAUCCAUUGUUCCUGUAUUUUCAAUUGCAAGGAGAAUAUCGAAUUGUAUGUGACACGUAAUACACGAUUUUAAUGAAAAAGGUUUCAUGAACGUGGACUCUGAUAUUAAACAUUUUAAAAUUAACACAAUAUUAAAAGAAAGAAAUUAUUGAUUAUCCUGAAACAAUUUGUGAAAUCUUUUUCACUCCAUGAAUUUGAAUAUCGUAGUAUAUCUUUUAGUAUCCAUAACAGUAUAUGGCUUUACUAGAUCGUUUCUUACUUUUUCAAUAUACAAAAUAAUAUUUUUUCAAUAUGAAAAAUAAGAAAUGAUACACGCUCUUUGAAUCUUUCCAAUUUCUGCUGAAAGAAAAUCUUUUCCAGUAUUGAUCGAUGUAAUUGAUUGUGAGACAUUUAUUUAUUUGUACAUACAGAUCCAAUAUUCCUCUAUUUUAGAGUAUUUUAAAUAAUCGACGCUUCAGAUCUUCGACAGUCUCGUAGUUCUAUUAUAAAACGUAUCUCAAUUAACAUUUAUCUUGAUAUCACGCUUCAAACCAGAUUAAUUCCAAGAUUAGAUGAAUAAUCGUGUAAUCGAGUUAAGUGUUAAUAGUUGUCCAACGAAAAUCUUGGAUGAUUUUCAUUAAAUGGGGAAAAGAAUCGCUAACCGACUGACAGAAAAACAUACGUAAUAUUUUACGUGAAACUGUACCCAUGAGACAAGGA